AUGAUCGUCAAGAACCAAACACUUCACAGCAAGCUUUUCAUGAUCGACUUGGCCGGAUCGGAAAGAGCCUCAAACACUCAAGUACGUCUUUCAUCCGAGGACCCUUUUUCCCCUAUUUCCCAUUCACAUCUUGAGAAUGUCCAUUUCACUUUAGAACCGAGGGAUCCGGCUGAAGGAAGGAGCGGCAAUAAAUCGCUCGCUGCUGGCACUUGGGAAUGUCAUUAACUCGUUGGCGUCGAGUGAGUUGAAAGCCUCUUUUUACGGCCUUUUAUUCAUAUAUUUCGAUGGGAACUCACUCUUUUUUUCAGAAACUACGAAAUAUGUGAACUAUCGAGAUAGCAAACUGACACGACUUUUGAAGGAUUCACUUGGUAGAGCCAUUCAUGUGUACAGAAAAGAAUUUCUGAUUCAGGAGGCACUGCAAAGACUUGUAUGAUAGCCCACGUCACUCCGUCAAGUUUAAACUUCGAGGAGACGUACAACACCUUGAUGUACGCUUCGAGGGCGAUGAAUAUAACAAAUAAAGUGCCGGAAAUGAAAGAUUCUUAAUAGGAAAUCCGUUUUUUCCAGAUUAUCCGAAAUCGACCCGCUUCUGCGGAUCAGGUUUAUGCGGAAGCAAUGACAGCGAUACGGAAGGAAAUUGGCUCGCAAAUGAAGAACUCGUCAUCUAUCGCAGGAUGUAAGUGGCGAAAUGCAUAUUUAUAACACGUUGUCAUUUUCAGUGGCUGUCAGAAAUGGCUUACCAGAAAGAGUGGCGAGCCGAUCGCGACCAAAGUCCAUCUCAAGAAAUAGCAGCUUGACGAGGGCGGCCGCUCCACUGCCGGUCUGUUGAGGACAUGUCAUCUCAUAAAUUAGUUUCGUUUUUAGAUGGACCGUGGGCGGGGAGGCUCGCUUUUCACGCAGCUCAAGGAGCAAUACAUGACACUAUCGGACAAGCAGAAACGAUUGAGGUAAUUAAGAAUUCAGCGCGGAGAGAAACAUGAGACAGGCGAAAUUGUUUGGUUUUUAGGGAGAAGCUUAUGGCGACAAAUCAAGAAGCUUACGGCCUGGAGAUGUCGCUGAUUUCCAAGAAUGCAAUUAUCAAUGCCUGGGAGAAACAUCAUCAGGAUAAGACCACCGAGAGUAUUGAGAGACUGAAACAGGACGGAGAACUUCAGGUGAGUGAUAGGCCUAAUGGGUGCAGUUGUCUGCAAAGUUGCGUACAUGCGGAUCUGACGCUGAUCUCUAGUUUUUAGUGAAAAAACGAUCAGAAGUUAGGGGGUAUCGUCAAAUCAACAAUGCAUUUCAGUGACACCUUUCAAUUGUGAUCUGAAAUGAAAUGUGUUUCAAGAAACAGGUUCUCACCCCCCUACUAAUCUUUGUUUUGAUUUCAGCGUCUACGUCUUGUCGAACUAUCCGACCAACGGACUAAAGUGGAAAAGGCGCUGCGGAAGGGGGAGGAGAAUGCGAGUGGGCUGGAAUCCCGGAUGCGGAGCCUGGCAGCCACUAAUGAGCAACGAGAAGUAGUCAAAUUGAUGGUGAAGAUGGCCGAAAUAGAAGCACAGAGUGGGCGUUGUAAUUGGUUAUUCUUAGAAUUUCCCGCUAUUCUAUUUCAGAAAUUUCCGCCUUGUCGGACUUGGCUAUUAAAGGACUAAUAAUGGAUCGAACUGACACGUCAAUAGCUAAACUUCAAAAGUAUGAAAUGGUAGCUGACAAAUUGAUCGAUGGAAAGUUGGAUGGUAAUCUUAACGUCCUUGUCAUAGUUCAAGUGAGCAACUUUCCAGAUCCAGACCGAAAAAAGCUGGAGGAAGAGUAUCGCGUGAUCAAAAAUCAGUUUCAUUAUCACCUGCUGCCGCUGAAAAAUAUACAAACCACAGUGUCGUGGAAUUCUAUGCUUCUGCCGAAAAUAAACAAUAAUAACAAUAACAUUAUUUUGGAGGAGAAGUUGUAUAGUGGUCUUAGGUCAUAGGAAAACGUCAUCGAGAUACUUUCAGAUUGAUUUCUUCUUCGAAAAAGAAAUUGGAUGCUGUGAUAUUGCCAGUAAUUACAAAUGGAAGAGAAAAAUAUCCGUCAUCAUCAGCAGAGUCCACUACUGACGGUUGGUAAUCCUUCGUUUUCACAUGUCAAUGCUUUUUUUUAGAUGACAGAGUAAAUUCGCCAGUAUCCGAGCGACUUCCAGUGAUUUGA